AUGGCGUCGACCGUAGAUGAAAAUUUCCAGCCGCCAAUGUUCCCCUUCGUUGGGACUCCCAAAACCGCCGCCGCCGCUUCUGAGCCGGGCUCUCCCGAGGAACAGCUCCGCCUCCUCCACGACGGCUACGGGCGUAAUAUUCCGGCAAGAGGUGUUGGGAGAAAGGGCUUUUUAGGCAUCGACCUGAACGUCGCGCCGCCCGAGGACAGCGCCUCAGAGUCUCCGGCGGCGGAAAGCGGCGGAGAUUGGGUUUCCGAGGUGAGCAGCGGAAAUCGAGACGAAAUCCGGGCAGCGCAUUCGUCGGAGGGGGAACUCGCGAAAAUCGAACAGGCGGUUACGGGUUCAGAAAAGGGGAAGGCGAAAUACAAGCGGUGGGAUGCGCUAAUCGAGGCCGCCGGUCGCGCUUUACGCGACUUCGGUGGAAGGUCGAGGUCGAGGGACAAAGAGGUGAAAGCGCCGAACCGAAAGCGGGGGGAAGCGGAGGCAGCGGGCGGCGGACCGCGCAGGAGGAUCGGCGGCCGGGGUUUCGCCGGGGGGUGGGACGAGUUCGUGGCGGCGCCGGCGGUGGUGGUGCGAUCGACGAGGGAGAGGGUGGUGGCGAUGCCGAACAAGUACAGGGACUCCGUCCUGCACGCGACAGAGGCCAUGGCCGUGGCGGAAGUCCGAUUCUCUCGGCGGAAGCCCAGGUGA